GUUCCCGAGGGUCGCGGCAACAAGCAAGGCUACGUACAUUAUUUGAGCAUCUCGGAGUGGUGGAGGCUGCGCACACCGCUUUCGCAAUGGUUCACGAAAAAUUUCACUAGUGUUUGGCUACCAUUGGCGGAUCAACUGGACAUCGACACUGGUCAUGCUAGGGACUCAGCUCGUUUGUACCGAAUUCUGCAUUUGCAGACUGCCCUAGACCCUUUGCUCCUGCUGCUGAAGGUGCUUCGGAGACCAUCAUACAAAGGUGCUGUAUGUCUGGCAGAGACGCUUCCCGUGGAUGCAUCAAGUAUUCUCGGAACAGUACUUGUGCUGGCCUGCGUGCUGCCCACCAGUACACUGACAGCCGACGCCGUUGCAACCUGUCAGGCCGUGCUAAAGGAGCUGGAGAAGCACAUCCCCACGGAUGCCACCUUCCGUAUGUUGCCGGAGGACCCGUUGUUCGUGCUUCAGCUUCGUGAUGGCCGUGUUUCAGCGGAUGAUUUGAAACAAAUGUUGGCCCGCAAACUUCCUGAACCAAUCAGCCACACACUUGCUUUCAGCAGUGUACUUCUAGCCAUGAUGCGUCUACGCGGUGACCGGGAUUUCUGGCAGUCUGUCCUGUUCCGUCGCAUGCUGAAGCGCUCCAUGCACUCCUUCUGUCAGGCAGCUGAUGCAGGUCUAUCGGCCGCUCUACUUGAUGACUGCCCUUGUCCGGACACGGCUUCAAAGUACCAUCCCUUUAUGCGCAGCUCACGGCUACGCGGCAACAAGGCUUUGGAGAUGGGAAUUGUGAACAAGUUCAUGGUUCGGGGCGGAGGGUUUGUUUCCACCAAAACGGACACAUUUCUCUCUGACCUCGGCAUCGUGAAGCAGCGCGCAGCGCUGGCUCAGAGAACCUCAGGAGAGUACGUGGCAAGAUCACUGACAAAACAGGCGGACUUCCUGGCUGAAGUGUUAGGGAAGCAGGACAUGAAGACCAUCAACAUCGCCGUAGAUGCUGCUUCAGUUUGUCAUGAACAGGUUCUCUCCGUGGUGUUCCGAGCAGCUGGGCAUCAGUUUGCCGGUGCCACUCAGAUCCUCAGUUCGGGCGGUUCAACUUCGGAGGAGGCGUUGCAGGCUGCGGAUUCCAUGGCCAAUGCAGUUGAUGCAGAACUGCCGCUGUCAGGGCAAGCCAAGUUAAGCAUUGCCCCCUCAGCCUUCAAGUGGAAGGAAUUUAGAACGCCAACUAAAGUCUUCCUGAGUGGUAUGGCCAACGCUCUGCAGCAGAUCAUGCCCGCAGGCUUCACCCUGAAAUCGUGCAAACCUGAAGAACCCCUUCGACCUGCGGGCCCUUUGGGAGUGCGUUGCCAGCUGACCCACUUGGAGAUGCAAGCCCAGGAGCUCGGCGACUCUGCCGGGUACAGCUACUUCCGGUACGAUUCAGAGUCCUUGCAGGCAUGCCGGGACUUCUACGCGCACGACGACUUUCAUCAUCUUGCGCUAGUGGCUGAUGAGGGCACAGAGGGCUUCCUGGCCUUCCAACAUCUGGCCUCGCAAGACGCCUGGAUCGCUUUUUGGGCUGAUCCAUUCCACAAGGCUGCUCGGAAAGCCUCGGCUGCUAUCCGCUCAACUGCAGGCGGUGAGGAGUUCUUGAGAAAGAUGAUGAAGCUGUACAGACACACCAGGGGGCCAUUCAAAACAUCCAAGUUUGGAAGACUUGUUUCGGAGGCUCGGGAUUCCUUGAUUGCAGUUCUUCAGAACGAACCUACGCACUCCAUCCUAGAUCCAUGGCUAGCUGGCAUGCGGCGUGACAAUCAGGGACCCUUGCAUGGAAGCUGUGUGGAAGAGUUUGACUCCAGCACUGCUUUGCAAAACCUGCUGGCUCAGAAAGGCCUCUUGUCUGGGAUUGAAUGUGUGUGUCUGAUCUCUCACGUCCUCCCUGCAUCCAUGUAUUCCUGCGCGUAA